AUGCGUCGGCAGGGUGCGAUGCGCGGGGCAGCUGGCAGGGCGCUGGCGCAGGGCAGGGCGCUGGCGCAGGGCAGGGCGCUGGCGCAGGGCAGGGCGCUGGCGCAGGGCAGGGCGCUGGCGCAGGGCAGGGCGCUGGCGCAGGGCAGGGCGCUGGCGCAGGGCAGGGCGCUGGCGCAGGGCAGGGCGCUGGCGCAGGGCAGGGCGCUGGCGCAGGGCAGGGCGCUGGCGCAGGGCAGGGCGCUGGCGCAGGGCAGGGCGCUGGCGCACGACAGGGCUGCUGGCGCAGGGCAGGGAGCUGGCGCAGGGCAGGACGCUGGCGCAGGGUAG